AUGCCCCCUGUCCUGGCACCUGGCAGGCUGCAGCCUCCUCCAGGCCAUGGCACAGGGACACAGGUCCUGGGUCCUGGCCUGUGGGGCCAUCUCUGCCACUCUGCUGUUCACCAGGCUUCUCUGGAAACGCUGCUUUGUGUGGCCAAGUUCCUGAAGAGGAAGGAUCUUGACAAAGUGGUGAAGAAGAAGAAACUGUGGAUGUUUGCAGACACCCUGAACCAGUUUUACACAAGAGCAUCCUCCACGGCCCGGCACCUGUCCCUGUGCAGCAGGACCGGCGUGGGCUCCAUGCCCAAGGUGCCCUGGAGCCGGGAGCCCUGCGGGGUCCGGCCCGGCCACUCCAGCCACGGCUCGGGCACCGGGGCCCGCCGGGUGCUGCAGGUGAUCGAGGCACCCAAGGCGGUCGAAAAGCACCAAGACGAGAGCCAGAAGAUGACUCCGCAGAGGCAGCGGAACCUGCAUCUCAUCGCUGCGCAGGUUGCCACUGGCACCAACAACCACUGA